AAUUUUGAUAUUUAAACUUGAUAAUGAUGCGUGUUUUACAGAAGUUGUUUUAUAUUUAAACAAUAUCAUAUGAAAUGAGAUGGUAAUUAUGAUAAAACAGUUGGUUGUAUUUGCGGAUUUACUAUCAUUUUUACAUCAUUAACUUUUGUUUGAAUUUUACCGUUAACUUAUAGUUCAAAGGUGAAAAAAAAAAGAUCUUAUCAUAAAAUAAGAUACAAUCCUAGCAAUAUUAGUAACAACAGAUCACACCUAAUUUACAUCAAAUUGAUGAAAUGAAAGAUAACACAAUGUAAAACAUUUAAAAGCUUGGUGAAAAUAUCUAAUUGUUAUAGACUGACUGAGGGAAUAUUAACUAGUGUUAGCAAUUAGAGAUACAGCGACAAUAAGAAUUUGAAAAUGGCAACCAACUUUAGUCUGAAUAUCGGUGAAGAUAUCUCACUUACACUAAUAGAAGAACAACUACUAGGAUGCAAAAUAAUAUAUAUUGAAAGGCAAAAGGUAACUAAGAAACAGAAAAUUGGAAUUGAUUUACAGACAGCUCAAACCAUGAUGGACCUUAGUGGAGAGGUUAAUGAAAUAGUGAACAAAUUUGGGGAUGGAAGUGUAAGUUUUAUCCGAUCAUAUGUAGUCAACAAAGAUGUUCAUAUGAAAAUAAGCACAUGCGGGUCUUCGAUCAACAUAGAUAUUAGAAGAUACAGUCUGAUCAAUGGAAACCUUGUUCCGAUGAAAGUCGGGGUUUCAGUGCCAGGAGUGUACUAUCUGGACUUCAUCAACGGACUCCUGGAAAUGAUUCAGGAAGCAGAAUAAUAUUAACAGAGGAAAUGACUCGCCAAAGACAACAUGUAUUUUCUUGUAAAAAUGUUGUAUAAAUAAAAUAUAUCAUUUUCAUUA